AUGCAAUUUUUGGUAAAAUCUUCAGGAAGAGUGGGAUUCUUCGGAUUUGCUACAGCAGCUGCUACUCACAAGGAUAUUGCAGGAAAGAAUUUCUUAAAAUUCCAAAGCAAGUAUGCAGAGUAUGUCACUCAAUUCAAUCAAAAGCUUGAAGCUAUUGAGAAAGAGAAUAAAGCACCAAAUGUUGCACCUUAAGGCAAAGCAUUCGAGCAUCCAUACAAUAAUCCACACAAUCCAGUGAACAUGAGUGGUAUUAAAUCAUCUGAAUUGUUUUACAACUUCAUUGGACCAGAAUAAGUCUCUCCACAUUAUGAAAAUUUCCUUGUUGCAAGAAAAUAUCUGCUUCUCACUUAUGGAGGAUUGAUUGUUAUUGGAUUUGCAGCAGGCACUACAAACCUUCAUUGGAUUGCUAAGUCAUCCUUCUUGCCAUUCUUAUUCUGGAUGCAAAUCAUGUACUUCUACUUGGAAGGUCGUAAAUCAUUUAUGAAACCAUUGCUUGCUAGAUUUUACAGAAGAGUUGCUGGAAAUGAAUGUUUCUAAUUAGAUCAAUAUUAUCAUGAGAAUAUGUAACUCAAAAUUAGAACACUCCUUGAAGCAGCCAAAGGAUAGAUUGAAUAUGGGUAAUUACACAAGGAAUUCAAAGAUGUUAAAGCAGAAUUAAUUAAUACUUUUCUUAUGAAUGAAUAAUUAAAUCUAUAGAGACACGUUGCUGAGAGAUCUCAAAACAUCCUUAAAUCAGUUUAAUAAGCAGAACAAAUUAAUUAAAAUAGAUUAUUAUAAGAAAUUAUUGAAGCUGCUUAGAAGUCCUUGGAAACUAAUUUAAAUAGUAACCUUCCAGAAAUCUAAAAGGCAUUGUUUAAGUCUGCUCUUAAAGGGUUAGCAUAAGGAAAAAUGACUUAUGAAAGCGAUCCUUUAAUUGAGAUGAUUCUUAAAACAAUUAAAGAACAUGUUAGCAAAAUUUAAAAUUUAUCUCCUGCUGAAUAGAAGAAGUUGAUUUCACUUAGCAAAGAUUAAUUAACAGCCAUCUAAGCAAAUGACAAAAAAGCAAAGGAAGAUUUCUUGAGAGCUGAACCUAAGAUCGAUUAAACCUUAAAAAACUAUGAAAAUGUGAAGAGAUAAAUUGCUUCAUGGGGACAAUGAAAGUGAGUAUUUAUUCAUGAUAUCAGAAUAAAUAUAAUAUUAUUCAGAAUAAAGAUUUCAUAACUAUAGAUUUAUACUAUAUUUAAAUAUUCAUACUUUUAAUA